AGACAUUCAGGUGUAAUUAAGUAAAUUUUGAAUAUUUUAUAGUAUAUGAGAGAAUAAUUAAUAUUAUUUAAAAACCAUAUUUAAAUGCGUUUAUAUAUUUAUAUAAUGAAUUAUACCACAUUUAUUUUAUUUAAUACAUAUGUAAAUCUCUCUUUAUCUGUAACCUUGAAUUUGAUUUACCAAUAAUGGAACAUAGUUAAGCGUUAAUAGUUCAAUAAUAUAUCGAAGAUCAUUUUAUAUUUUUAACGAAACGUAAUUUAUAUUUAUAGUUGUAAGUUGUUAUUGCUGUUAAUGUUACUGAUAUACAAAUUGUCAGAAAUAAAUACUUUUACCUGUUUAUAAAAAUAAUCGUGAUUUAUUUAAAAAAUUUUGUUCCAAAUGCAUGAAAUUAAUUACUGAUAAUCUUUUGAACUUCGUGCAUGCUUCUCUCCAAUGAAGUUUGAAGAAGUUUAUAUCUCAAGAAAGGAACAGAAUGGUAUCAGUAGUCAAUAGGUUAAAGGGGAUUUAUCUUUUCCGAGCUGCAGUGAGACUGGUCUUGGAAUAUAUCGAAUGGUUAACCGAGAAGUCUGUAGUUGAAGAAGUCAGUGACGAUAUUACAAUUAAUAUUCGGAAGGCACAAGAAAAAAAACACGAAAAGAAAGCUCUUACUCUAGAGGAUCGUUCUUAUUUAUUAACGAGGCCAGAAGACCGAUCAUCGGACGACAGAAAAUAUAUAUAUGAAUUAUUUAAAAAGUUUCACGUGUUCAAAAAAUAUCCUGAACAUUUGAGAGAAAUUUUAGCGAGGGUAUGCUUUUAUCAAUAUUUACGACCUGAUCGCGUAAUUGUGCGACAAGGUCGCGAAGCUGAAAAUCUUUACUUCAUUAUAAGCGGAGAAGUCAGCGUAUCGAAAAUAGUUAUUGAUCGCUGGACUGGUGAUUCGGAAGAGGUUGAUAUGGGCAUUUUGAGUCCUGGCGAUAUAUUCGGUGAAGUCGCAUUGUUGCAUGAAAUACCAAGAUCAGCAGCAGUAUUUACAAAAACCGCAGUAGAUUUGAUUCGCAUUCCUCGCUUAGAAUUCGAUGACGUUUUGCGGUCUCCUUUAAAAAGAGAGUGGGACAUAUUGCAGGAUGCGUUAGUACAUUUCAAUUAUUUUAAAUGUUGGGAUGAAGAAACAAUACGAGAAUGUUGUAUUCUCAGUAAAUUAAAGGAUUUUCAACCUGAUGAGGUUUUGCUAGGUGACGGUAAAGGAAUGGUGAAUCAUGUCCAUUUUCUAUUAGAAGGUGAAUGUCGUCUGAUAGAACACAUGAUUGUUCGUAAAACACAUUCUGUUUAUGGAACUCAAUACGAAUUAUACGAUCCUGAAAAGAAUAAUGCAAAGAAGGAACCCAGAUUAUUAAAGAGCUUAGAAAUGGCUACAAAGAUGGACGAAUUAGAAUACGAAUAUGAAACUACCAAAGCAAGUGACAUGGACGAGGAUAUCGACGGAAGUCGAGAUCUCAUAGAUUAUGCACAACUCUUACUAUCAUCGAAAGCAACUGAUAGGAGAAUGGAUUUUGAACGUUCAAGCGUCAUUACAACUACAUUAUUAGAUGUUAUGAAUGAAUGGCAAAAAAUUACGGAUGUAGCAGAAAUGUUAAUGAGAGAACCUUCAUCAACCUCUCAGCAACGUUAUCCGACUGACGUACGUACAAUAUUUAUGCAAAUUUGUACGUUUAACAGGGGUGCGUGUUUCGGCUUAGGAGAAAAUAUGGUUAAUCGAAGAAUAGUAGCUACUUCAUCCGUAAGAUGUUUUUUGGUUCCGCGGUAUUGGUUGAGAAUUCAUAAUCGUGCAAAUAUUUGGGAACGCGUAAAGUUGUUCUUGGAUUCCAAAUUUCCUACUGAGGGGCAAUUAUUUGAAAAAUUCGUAACAAAUCGCAGGUGGCUAGAGUACAAGAAGACUUUAAUUGAAGAUAUAGGUAGAAAAGGUCGACGUAUUCAUAGCAAUGUAUCAAUACAUGAUGUUCCUUAUGCGAUUAGGAUUGCCAACGACAUAGGCAUGGAAAUGUAGUCCUACGAUUUUUUAAUAAAAAGAUUGCGGAUAUUUACGUGUUUUACUAUCUAAGAAAGACAUAUGACAUCUAUAAUAUAAAAUAUACACACA